AUGGCGGCCGUGGCUGCGGAGGCGGCAGCGACUGCAGCGUCCCCGGGGGAGGGGGGCGCCGGCGAGGCCGAGCCAGAGAUGGAGCCCAUCCCCGGCAGCGAGGCAGGCGCCGAGGCCGGCACCGAUCCCCUGCCUGUGACCGCCACCGAAGCCCUGGUGCUUGACGAGGCGGACGGCAAGCCCGCUCCUCAGGUCGAUGAGCCGCCGCUGCCGCCGCCGGGGGAGUCCGCCCGGAGUCCCGGGGCGGCGGGGCCCGCGCCCGAGCCCCGGCUGGAGCCCGACUCUCCGAGGCUCGAGCCCGAGGAGAAACCUCCCGCCCGCCCUGAGGAGAGAGAAGCGACGGAGGAGGGGGAGGCGACGACAGCCCCGCGGGGACCCGAGCCCCUGACGCCGCCGCCGGAGGAGGGGAAAGAGCCGGUUCCCGAGGAGCCGCCGCCGCCGCCGCAGCCCCAGCCCCAGCCCGCGGCCCCGGCGCUGGUCCCGCCGGCGGGCGGGCACUCGGCCGUGGCUCAGCUGAUCCCGGGCUCGGAGGUGCGGGUCACCCUGGACCACAUCAUCGAGGACGCGCUCGUGGUGUCCUUCCGCCUCGGGGAGAAGCUUUUCUCUGGGGUCCUCAUGGAUCUGUCCAAAAGGUUUGGGCCCCAUGGAAUCCCUGUGACAAUUUUCCCCAAAAGAGAAUACAAAGAUAAACCUGAAGCCAUGCAGCUCCACAAUAGAUCAUUCCAAGAAGGAACAGAAAUCAAGUGUGACUUGAAUGGUGCUGGUCCUGAUGACCGUUCUCCCAUUCAGCCACCAGAACCUAGCCUUGCUAAAAGCCUGUGGACUUCUAAACCACCUCCUCUCUUUCAUGAAGGAGCACCUUAUCCUCCCCCUUUGUUUAUCAGGGACACGUAUAACCAAUCAAUACCUCAGCCUCCUCCUCGGAAAAUUAAACGACCCAAAAGGAAAAUGUACAGGGAGGAGCCCACUUCUAUAAUGAAUGCUAUCAAACUACGACCCAGACAAGUCCUAUGUGACAAAUGUAAAAACAGUGUUGUUGCAGAAAAAAAGGAAAUUAAAAAAGGUGGCAAUGCAAGUGACUCAUCUAAAUAUGAUGAUAAUAAAAAACGGAGAAAUGAAAGUGUAACUACUGUGAAUAAAAAACUUAAAACUGACCAUAAAAUGGAUGGGAAAAACCAAAAUGAAAGCCAGAAAAGAAAUGCUGUGGUCAAAGUUUCAAAUAUUGCUCACAGCAGAGGCAGAGUAGUUAAAGUGUCUGCUCAGGCAAAUACUUCAAAAGCUCAGUUAAGUACUAAAAAAGUGCUCCAGAGUAAGAACAUGGAUCAUGCAAAAGCUCGGGAAGUGUUGAAAAUGGCCAAAGAAAAGGCACAAAAGAAACAGAGUGAAACUUCCACUUCCAAAAAUGCACAUUCUAAGGUUCACUUCACCCGUCGAUUUCAGAACACCAGCUCAGGUUCCCUUCCACCCCGGUUGCGUUUGAAGCCACAAAGAUACAGGAAUGAAGAAAACGACUCUUCCAUGAAGGCCGGACUUGAGAAAAUGCGGAGUGGCAAGAUGGCACCCAAACCCCAGUCUCGCUGCACCUCUACCCGCUCAGCAGGUCUCAACAAAUGGCAGCAUAUUACAUCAGACAGUGACGAGUCCUGCUGCUCCCUUACAGUGUCUGACAGACCACUGUGGAUUCAGAUUGGGAGCAUUGAAGUUAACAGUGAAACGGGCAGCACAAAGACAUUAGCAGCAGGCUGAUUUCCUGGAACUCACUACACUGCCACGAGAGAACACCGGCUCUUCAGGACUGAAAGAAACUAGAGACUGAUUUUUUUUUUCCUUUUUUCAAAUCUUCAAAAAGGAGAAAAUGUUAAGAGCCGUUGACUAAGACAGAUCCAAUGUCUUGUACUUGUAAAUUGUAAAUUGUUUCUAUAUUAAACUGAAGAAAUGGUAUUAGGGAAAUAUUUGAGAAAACUUUUUGCAAUAAAUAAUGCAUGAGAUGAGGAGGAAAAUGAUGUGAAGUGCACAUGCAAGGACUCACUUGAAUUUUAAAUCUGAAGAGUAACUGACAAAACUUCUUUUGAUUGUGAAGUUAUCAGUCCAUUUAGAUGUAAAUCCCUGAAAAUCAAGACAUGGGAUGAUGGCAGGAACUGUUAGACUUUUGUUUUUCAUUUUCAACCUUCUUCAAUUUUGUUACAUUUUGUGUUUCUUCCGACGCUUAUGUUAGUGCAGAUAUGAGCAAAUGGUGCUUCUAAAACUACUUGAAGCUGUAAGUCGGUUUAGCCAAGACCAAGGUUUCCUAGUAGAGAGAUAACGAACAAUUUUACAUCUCCUGGGAAUUUUUUCCCCCUAAAGCAGGGAUGUAGCAUUCUAAGUAGAAAGGUUUGCUUGUUAAGAAAUAUUAAAAUUUAUUUAUUUGCCACCAGUAUUUAACAUUUUUGUGCACCUUUUAAUGAUUAAAUACUUUUUUUUCCUCCAAAUUAUGAAUAGGAGUAAGGAGGUGGCUUUUUCUCACUGGUGAGAAUUAGUAUUUAGGAAUGAAAAUGUGUACAAGAUUAACUUCUGUUUCUAUGGAGGGAUUUGAUGAUUUUCUUUCCUUGAUGAUGGUUCCACCUAGUUUGGAAAAUAAAGUUACAUUUUCUAGGUUUUGGAGAAGACACCUGGAAAGAACUCCUUUUGGGAAGAAGUCUGUCCAGUCUAAAUGCAAGAAAAAUCCCUACUAACAUCAGUAGGAGUUAAGCCAGGUGGAAGACUGCAAGAAUGGGCCCAUAGAGAUGGCCUCAAACCUUUCAUGAAUGGAGCAUGAAAUAAUAAUAAUAAUAUAAUUAUUUGGUCUUUUUUUUUUUUGGUAAGUAUGUAGAUGGAAAUCCAUUUCCUUCCCCCUACCCCCUUUUUGUUGAAUAAGAAAAGCAUAAUAUACUAUGAGAAUAACCAGAUGGACCUAUUAGAGAUACUAAAUUUCUAAAGCAAUUUUAUAUUUAAUGGUGCCAUACUUUAUAAUAAACGUGAAAUUUUUUAGUGGUAAUAACAAAUUAUUUUUAAAACCAGAAAGAGAAUCUGUAGCACCUACUUAUAUACACAUACACAUAUAUAAAUAUAUAUAUAUAUUUAAAACCCACCUCAUUUAAAGCAACAUAUCAGAUAAUUGAGCGCUUAGCUCAAAUGACUUAAUUUUUCAUCAUCUAGUGUAAAUUUGGAAGUUGGUUCUUUUGGUCCAUGUGGCAUCUCCUUUAAUAAUGCCCAGGUGCUCAGGAUGAAUAUUUAAGGUUCUGGGUGAGUUCUGGAGCAUUUAUUUUUGCAUCUCAAGUAAGGUAUAUCUAACUUUUUGCUUCUGGAAAGCUUAGAGAUUAUAAAACAAAUAAAGCUAAAUUUUUGGGUUUUGCCCCAGUCCUGGCCUCCUGAGUAUUUUCUCAUAUUACAAAAGUAUCCAUUUUGACAUAAUGGAAGGUAAGCUCAGGGUCUGGAAUAGCAGGGAUAUUACAUAUUACAACUGCAGUGCCCUGGCUAAGUCAUGCACAUUUUAGGAAAGCAACCCUGCAGUGCACUUCCCUACCUGCUUAACUCCAGUCAGUCUUGUUCUCUCACCAGCACUAACCAAUAGCACCUACUACUGGGGCUCUGUCUGACACCUGCAGUUCUUUACACAGGCAGAACUCUUAUGGACUUGAAGGAGUUUGACUUGAAUGGAGACUGCAAAAUCGUGGUAUUUAAGGGAGAAUAAGGAUUCUUUAUUAGGGGGUUGGGUGGGGGAAAUGAACAAAUAGUAAAGUAAAAAGAAACUGACAAAUUAGAUAAUUAAACAUUCACAAGUUUUUCUAAUGAUCAGUUACUGAAGCUGUUAUACUGUAAACCGGAUUUUCAUUUUUUUCUUUAAAAAUGAAAUUCAGUGAUAUUUAAAAUGUAGAUGUACUGUAUUGUUGGUUUUUGCUUUCUUUGCUUUAGUUGCUUAAUAUUUAAGCUUUGCUUCAUGCUAACUUUUAUCUGUAUUUUAAAUGGUCACAUAACUAUUUCAUUUUAGACUUGAAUGGAAAACAUGCAUCACCUCUCAAGUUUGC